UGCAUGGUUUACCUCUAAAACAGUUAUAAAUACUUUAAAUUAUAAAGAGCAUUGCAAAUACUUUGCUAGCAUAAAUCUGCAAAUAGUUAUCAAUUACUGUAGGCUAAUUAGUGCCUGUUAACAAUACUUCAUCCACCCAACAGGUUACUGUAGCUUUCAAUAUUAACAAAUGCUUUAAAAAAGAGGAAGUGAAAGCAGGUUGCAGGCCUACUGUAGCAAGCCAGAUGGAGGGGAAACAUACUAUCCCUUUCAUCAACUAUACAAUAUGUUGUUCCCUGGCAGGCAUGAUUGGAUAUGCAAAUUCUGAAAGGAGUUUAGGUCAAGUGUGAAGACCUUUUUUAAAUCUUACUCAUACUUUUGGAGGGAUGGCAUGUGCUACAUAGUGCUAUGAGAGGAUCCUCUGAGACGCACUCUUUUUCAGAUAUCAAGCUUCAGUAACACAUUACAAUGUUUGCUAAGACAGUCGAGUGGUUGAUGUUUCUGGCAAUUAUAAAAGAAUUGUCUUGUGUAACAAGAUACUUCACACUCAAGGACACUCGCCUGACAGCCAUAGAGGGGUCCUGCAUUAAAAUCUCCUGCACAGUCAAAAACGAAGUUGAUGAUGUUGAUGCACACUGGUUUUGGAUAAAAAAUGCAACUUGGAAAAACAAUUCUUACCACGGCACUAUCAUUUACAGCACUGAUAAAACAGUGCGUCCUGUUAGUCCACACUUUGCAGAUAGAGUUACAUACAUCGGCUCUCCAUUUUCAGGAUGGAACCAUCCCCCAGCAGAUUGCAGUAUUAUAAUCUGCAACCUGAUCAAAACCGACAGUGGAAACUAUUAUUUCAGAUAUGUAAAGGAGAAAGAAAAUCAAAUGAAAUGGAUAACUGAACCGGCAAACAUCAUGGUUACUGAAAAUCCAUGUCCGAUCACUUUUGAGAAACCACCUGCUGUAAAAGAAUCUGAUUUGAUAACACUGACAUGCUCUACUCCAAGUCCAUGCCAGUCAAACGUACACAUUUCUUCUAAACCUCCAAACUCAACUACGCAGUCAAAUCACAACACAAUCAAAGAGACUUUCAAAGUCACCUGGGAGGAUGAUGGGAAGGAAUUUUCAUGCCAAACGCAAAAUAACCAAGAUAGCUAUUUGAUCCGCAAUGUCAGUGUGACUGUUGAAUAUGCUCCAAAAUACGCAUUGGCUGAAAUGAGUUCAAAAGACAUUGUUGAAGGACAACCAGUGAUUCUAAAUUGCUCCGCCAAAGGAAAUCCUGACCCCACCUUUACCUGGUUUAAAAAUAAAGAAGCAGUAGGGUUAAAAGACAGAGUGUGGGACAUCCCAUCAAUUACAGAGUCUGGGAAAGGAGAAUACCAUUGUAAAGCUACAAACAGACAUGGUACACAAACAUCGAACCUUGUCAUAAUUGAUGUCAAAUAUAAGCCUGAAGUUGAGGUUAUGUCCUCUAUGGAUUCUGAAGUUACACAAGGAGAUACAAUGACCUUGACAUGCAAUGUUAUUAGAAGCAACCCACACAGCAUAACCUAUGUUUGGUCAAAAAAUGGGAAAACUAUUAAUGGGGAGAAGACAAAGCAUUAUGUUGUUGAAAGAAUCAAGCCUGAGGACAAAGGCAGCUACACAUGUACAGCCUCUAACACUGCGGGAGAUGGAACAUCAAAGCCUUUUGAAAUUAUGGUUAAUUACGGCCCGAGGAAGACAAACAUUACCAUCAGUAAAGAUGGUAUAAAAGGGGAUUCAUCUGUGGGAGUCGGUAGAGCCAUUACGUUCCAAUGCAACACUGAUGCCAAUCCUGCACCACACAGAUACUCCUGGUACCGAUACAAGAAGAAUAAACAGAUUGACUCCUUGCAGUGGAAGUCCAAUACAACUGAUGAAAACAAACUGGUUGUGGGCAAAGUGCAAAGAGCAGAUGAAGCAUGUUACAUGUGCAAUGCAACCAACAACAUCAGUACAGGGGAGGAUAGUAAGCCGCAGUGCAUACAAGUACUGUAUGCUCCCACAUCUCUCACGCUGUCUAUGGAUGCUGAGGUCAGAGAAGGUCAGCUCAUCACCAUCAACUGCUCUGUUGAAAGCUUUCCUUUGUCAGACCUCACCUUGACCAUGACUCCUACAUCAACUCCUAACUCUUCAGAAAGGGCUUUCUCUAAACCUGUAACAUAUUUGCCCCCUAACACUCUCCAACACAAAUUUGAAGUUACUUCAGACCACACAGGCCUUUAUAUCUGCACUGCCAAAAACAGUCAAGGUUCAGCUAAAAGCGACCAAAAGAUGCUGGUUGUGAAAUAUUCUCCAAAAGUUGUGACCCUAACAGCUGAGCCGUCCCUUGUUGUGAAUGAAAACAAGUCGUUGACGCUGCAUUGCAGUGCCCAGUCCCACCCGCCAGCAACCUCUUUCACCUGGAUGAAGAUGACUGAUGUAAAUAGUAAAAUCAUCUGGAGGAAUCGCAACUUCACUCUGAAGAAUGUUAGUUAUUCAGACAGUGGAUGGUACAGAUGUACAGCCCGUAACGAAAUGGGAACUGGAGACUCACAGCAGGUUGAGGUUAAAGUAAACUAUGCUCCAAAACACACAGAGAUCUUGAAAGUAGCAGACGGGCCUGGCUCUGUGGUACUAAACUGCAGCAGUCACAGCCGUCCCCCAAUCCUAAAAUAUUCAUGGUAUAAGGAGAAUACAGGAGAAAAGGACGAAAAAGUGUCUGACCGACAGACCUACACUGUGUAUUCAGAUCAACCUGGAGUCUACUACUGCGUCGCGAAAAAUGAAAUAAAUCAGAUCCAGUCCUCCGAAAAGAUCCACCUGUUCAACGGAAGCUCGAUGAUGGUCCUGAUUAUCUUUAUUUUCCUUACAACCCUGCUCCUCAUUUUGACAAUGUUUUUCAUCUACAGACAAAAGAGGAAGAAGUCAAUUCAACAAGGAACUACAAACACACUUCCCUGUUUUGAGUUUUGGGGUUGGUGGAUGGGCCCGAGGGUGAGAAAUCGGAUACACGAGCCCGGCACGGUGGAGCCUUUCAGGAGCAGAGAUGACUUACUGCCAGACCAGCCGCGCCUUCCACAGGCCCAGCGACGCCAGCCUAGUCCAGAUGCGUCUGCAUCCAACAGUGUUUACAGUUUCCUGAAACUGCCCCCCAAAAAACAAGGUCCUUCUGCACAAAAUCCAGUCAGACAGCAAGGUGGACAUACACAAGAGGAUUCUCUCAACUACGCGUCUUUGCACUUUGGAAAAAAGCUACAAAACAAAGAUGUGAAAACAGAAGAGGAAAUGUAUGCCAUUGUAUCAAAGCAAAAGCAAGACAAAAAGGUAUUGUGGGCAAUUUUGUUAUUUUUAAAUCGUAGAAAAUGUUGAUCUACUGUAUUUUGGUUGUGUUUAGGGUAGAGGAUGGUAUAAAUAUAUAGAUAUGAAAGAUGUAUGGCAUGUAUAGUGUCUGUGUACCCACUAAACUGUAACAAAAUGGUUGUUAACACUUAUGAAAAUCAAGUAAAAAGUUUUCAAUUUCUUCAAGCAUGAAAUGUAUGGAAAUAUAAAUUGUGUUCAUAAAAUCCUGAUACUGUCAGAGGUUUUCACACAAAUUAUCUGGUGACUAUCUGUGUUUCUUCUAGAAUAAAAAAGGCUGGAGGACUACGAGAACAUCAGCACAGCACACGCAGGCAUAUCUCCAAAUCCAUUGAACGAUGACACAGACACCAGUGAGGAUGCAUUAAAGAUCAAUUGUUCCCAGGUGAACUUUAAGGCAAAGAUUCAGAGAGCAGCCAGAGACUUGAGCAGCUCUGACGAAGAGGAGACGCAGUACUCUCACAUCAAAAUCUGAGUUGAGAUUCUCUUAUCCUGCCUUACAGGUUAAGCAGAUUGUUAAAUAGAGUUUGGAUUUCAAUGUUUCACUGCUUGUCUGCUUUGAUAAGUCCAGUUAGUACCAUAAUUGUGAGCUUAAUCCAAACCCAUGAAACCAAAAAUCCUACAUGGGUAGUUUUUAUUUAAAUUUCUGAGUUGUUCAAGAAAGUAUGCAUGCAAAGAUGUACAAAAUAAAUCAGAAAGUCUUUAUAUAUUCUAUUA